AGAGCAAAACUCUUGUUAUGUGGUGUAUUGAUGGAAUAGAAAAACACAAAUGAUCUGAAAUUGGUCAAUAUGAAGCAAGUGCCUAGAAAUUAAGACUGAAUUACUGCAAUUAACACACACACAUUUAACUGUUAAAUUAGAUAAAAUGCAGAUGGGAAUUUGAAAUAUUUCAACCAUGAAGAUGCGAUUCCGGAAGGCCCUUACUAUAGCAGCAUUUGUCUUUCUGAUAUUGAUAAUUUUCAUGAUAUAUUCCUUCAAAGAUUUUACAGAUCUUUAUAAUAGUAGUAAGUCGUCAAUUACUGAUGAUUUUGAACAGAACAAAUGGUUACAUUUUGAGAAUCGUAUUAGACAGUUAGAAAGUGGACUUAAUAAACAUCAUGAAGCAGUUAACCAAAUAAAGAUUGCCAUGAAAAAUAUGUAUAAUGCAAGUAUGAUACCAAAUAGUAUCAAGGCAUCAAAUGAUGUCAUAGCUCAACCUAAGAAAAAAUUGAUUUCGGGAUCUGAAAUGCUCUAUAAUUCUCAUUGUUCAUUCAAAAUUAAUAUAUCCCCUAGUUCUGAUAUUAAUAUGCUAGAUACAUAUGAAAAAAUUGGUUUUGAUAACAAAGAUGGGGGUGUAUGGAAGCAAGGAUGGAAAAUUGAAGUGGAUGAAAAGGACUGGAACAGGAACAAUAUAUUGAAGGUUUUUGUUGUGCCUCACUCUCAUAACGACCCAGGAUGGAUUAAAACUUUCGAAGAAUAUUACAUAUCACAAACAAAACAUAUAUUGAACAAUAUGUUGAAUAAAUUGCCUGAAGACCCCAGAAGAAAAUUUAUUUGGGCUGAGAUUUCAUUUUUUGCUAUGUGGUGGGAUGACCUCAGUGAAGAUGAGCAGAAACAAGUGAGAAAACUGAUAGAAAAUGGACAGCUUGAAAUUGUAUCAGGUGGUUGGGUAAUGAAUGAUGAAGCUAAUUCUCACUGGAUUUCGAUCAUACAACAAUAUACAGAUGGACAUCAGUGGUUGCAACAAAAUCUCAAUUAUACACCGAAAAGCAGUUGGUCGAUAGAUCCUUUUGGUAUGAGUGCAACACAACCAUCACUUCUUAAGAGAAUGGGUCUGCACAAUAUGUUGAUACAAAGAGUACAUUAUUCUGUGAAAAAGCACUUAGCUAGCACCAAGCAGCUAGAAUUUAGAUGGAGGCAGAUGUGGGAUCAACAAGGUGAUACGGAUAUGUUUACUCAUAUGAUGCCUUUCUACUCCUAUGAUGUACCCCACACCUGUGGGCCUGAUCCAAAAAUAUGCUGUCAAUUUGACUUCAAAAGAUUACCGGGGCAUGGAUUGCAUUGUCCUUGGAAAAUAGCCCCUCAGCCAAUUACUGAUGCAAAUGUAGCUAUGAAAGCUAAUCUUCUUUUGGAUCAGUACAGAAAAAAGUCUAAACUUUUCAAGACUAAUGUUGUGUUGGCCCCCCUAGGAGACGAUUUUCGAUAUGAUCACUCUACAGAGUGGGACGUGCAGUAUAAUAAUUACCAGAAGUUAUUUGAAUAUAUGAAUUCUCAUCCGGAGCUUCACGUUAAGGCGCAAUUUGGGACACUUUCAGAGUAUUUUAAUGCUGUGCUAAAGGAAUUGAAACUAUCGGAUUUUCCGGUACUAAACGGUGAUUUCUUCACAUAUUCUGAUAGGGAUGAUCACUAUUGGAGUGGUUAUUAUACUUCCAGACCUUUUUAUAAGAGAAUGGAUCGUGUUUUAUUAUAUUACAUACGAUCUGCUCAAAUUAUCCUCACAUUGAAAUACUUGAAAAAUGAACUAACUACUGAAAAAGAAACCGAAUUAGAGAGAAUGCUCCAAGAAGCUAGAAGAUCUCACUCUUUGUUUCAGCAUCAUGACGGCAUAACAGGAACAGAAAAGGAUUUGGUUGUUAAAGAUUACGCUGUAAAGAUGCUAAGUGCAAUACAUAGUUGCCAGAAGAUUAUUCAAUAUUGCACAUAUAAGCUGUUAUUGAAGCCUGAUUUAACUGAAUUCGACAAAGAAGAAAUUUAUUAUAAUAUUGAUGAUAUCAGACAUACCUGGAAUGAAUUAGAGGAACAUUAUUCCAUAGUCAUUGGAGCUGAAAUCAGAACGAAAAAAAUUGUUGUUUACAAUUCAUUAACUUUUACUAGAAUAGAAGUUAUCACACUUAUUGUUUCAACACCUAAUGUCGAAGUUCUUGAUGCCAAUGGAAAACGAAUUCAGUGUCAGAUUUCUCCUGUAUUUGAAUAUGGGUCAACUAUAUCACAGACGAAGUAUCAUCUUUCUUUUAUUGCCACUGUUCCAGCUUUUUCCUUCAUUAGUUAUACUGUGAAUGCUUUGUGGAAACAUGAACUAACCAAGCAAACUGUACAUGCUGCUAUAAAAAUUUAUAACCAGUACACUGAUGGCCAGCGAGGAUACAGUGCUUUUCCUUCAGUUGAAAUUUUCCCCAACGCUAGAGAGUUUUCUCUGCACAAUUCAAGGGUAACUGCUUCUUUCAAUAAUGUUGGACUCUUGAAAGCUUUGAAAGCGGGCGUGCACACUAUUCCAGUACAUUUAGACUUUGCAAAAUAUGGUGUUAAACAUGUACAAGAAACCAGCGGAGCAUAUUUAUUCAUGCCUGAUGGAGAUGCCAUCCCCAUAAAAAUUGAUAAUGCAAUUGUGAAUGUUGUGGAAGGACCAAUUGUUUCUUUCGUUAUCCUUCAGUUACCAUAUGUCCACCAUACAGUUAGACUGUAUAAUACACCCGGUGCUGAUAGUUUGGGCCUAGAAAUAGAAAAUGUUGUUGAUAUAACGAAAGUUAUUAACUUUGAAAUUGCCAUGAGAUUAUCCACCAAUAUUAACAGUACAGACGAGUUUUUCACUGAUGCUAAUGGUUAUCAGAUCAUCAAAAGGAAAAGAUUUUCCAAGCUACCCCUUCAAGCUAACUUUUAUCCAAUGCCUACCAUGGCAUAUAUAGAGGAUAAAAAUACACGUCUCACAGUAGUGACAGGAAGUCCCUUGGGUUGCAGUUCUCUGAAACCAGGACAAUUGGAAAUCAUGUUGGAUAGAAGGCUAAAACAAGAUGAUAAUUUAGGUUUAGGACAGGGUGUGUUGGACAAUGUACCUGUUAGGCAGCUUUUCAGAGUUUUACUUGAAAGGAAAACACAUUCUUGCCAGGCAGCUGCAGGUAAUCACCCAUCUGGUUUCCCCACUUUAUCCAGUUAUGCUACAAUGCAGUCCCUAUUGAACCCCUUGGUGAAACUUCUUAGGACAAAUGACGAUGAUAUCAGUACAAUGCCUUCUUACAUUCCAACAGAAAUUGAAAUGGGCAUUGAUUUUUCUGUACCUGCACUGCGUACAAAUGUUUAUUUUAAAGGAAAGGAGUACCUAGGCCUUAUUUUACACAGACAGUAUCUGGAUGUUUGCUUUUCAGAUAGAGUGUUGUUACAACAGUUCCCUCUUAGCGAUGGUUCGGUGAAUGUUGCUGAUUUCUUACCAGGAUUAUCAUCAGCACGUGCAUACAAUACUUCCUUAACCUACUUAUGGAAGAAAGGUGAAUUAGAUAUAAAACAAGAAAUCUCACUGUGCCCUAUGAAUCUUCAAGCACUUCUCAUACAAAACUGAUAUCUAAAUGAAUUAGGUAUAAAAUUUAUUAAAAUAGUUAAUAUUCAAUUGUACUCAUCAGAAUCUCAAUAAUAAUUUCUGUUCUUGGGAAAAAUAUUAUGUUCUACCUGGUUAGUUAUUCAAUUUUUUCCAUUUUCCUCAAUAGCUAAAAUAUAUUAUUUAUUAUGCACACUUGUGAUAGAUAAGGCUUUGGUUGUAAUUGGAACUUUUUUCAAUGGACCUGAAUAAAAUUUGUAUCACUCAUAUAAUUUAUUCUACACAGAUUUUCCAGAUACAAAAUAAUUAUUGAUUAUGCUUGAAUUUUAUUCAUUCUGAAAUGUAUAUGUGAAACUGAGAAAUAGGAGAUAAACAAAAGGCUUCUUUUAAAAAAACAUUCUUAAUUUUGAAUCAUUUCUUGUGCUUUAUAUUGAUCAAUGAGAAGGAUGUAUUGAUUUUAUAAAUUUUAAAUUAUUAUUUCAUUUAUAAAGGUGGCAAUUUGUUUUUAUAACAUAUGUUAAUUAUGUUAUUCAGUGAUAAUCAUCUGAGAUAUUUGGAUAUGAUCAGUUUUCUUUGUUUUUAUGUGUUCUUGUACAUAUUUAGUGUAUAAAAUAAUUCUAGUGAUUGGAUUUAUUUUUCUGUUUUUAGGAAGUGAAAGUGUACUUAUUACAGAGUAAUCAAAUAAUAUUUAAUGCUUGAAGAACCUGUUUUGCCUUUUAUAAAUAAACAUCUGGACUUUGUCUUUACUCAAUUUUCAAAUGAAUCCUUUGAAACGGCCACUUUAAUAACUUGAAAUGAUGAAAAUCAGAUUUUUGGUGUACGCAGUGUAAAUAUCAAAUUUUGUAACAUGAAUAUUUUUUGAGCAAUUGCUUGAAUCAUGUUUGGUAAAUUUUCUACAUCAAUUUAAGAAAAUGGUGAUGUAAUUUUCCAGAAAAAUUGCUUGUAGCACAGUUUUUUAAUUACACUCAAUGUUAUCUUACAAAUCCUUGGUUUGAUUCAUUAAAUCUAUAUCGAGCUUG